AUGUGGGAUGAUGGGAAUCUGAGUCACCAAAAUGCUAAGAAGGGAAACAUCGGACUGGAACUUAAAAAAACAAAACAAAAACAACUAGGACAUGCAGUGUGAGGUGGACAUGGAUCUUCUUUGCUGGGGAAGUGGGGAGCUUGGACAAACUGGGCAGGGCAGGCCAGAGGUCAUUCCUCCAGAGGAGGCACUUCUGAAAGAGUUUGCAACAUCUGGGCUGGGCAGUGUAAAGCUGCUUGCAUGUGGAUCCAGUCACUCUGUUGUGGUUACAGUGGAUAACAAGAUCUUUGCAUGGGGAAAUGGCACCAGUGGACAGCUGGGUAAUGGAGAGAGGGCAGUAAAAAAACAGCCAGUCGAAGUCAAAUUGCCACAGGAACUAAACGUCAGAGGAAGUCACCUAGAUGGGAAUUUUGCCAAUGUAGUUGGCAUAGCCUGUGGAAGCCGACACUCCUUCAUAUGGACCGAAACUGGGCAGGUCUACAGUUUUGGAAACAACUUUUAUGCUCAGCUAGGCUAUGACUUCCAGAGGGCUGACUUCAAAGAGAACCAGAAAAUUAACUUCCUGUGAGUUUGCGGCAGAGCCGAGCAUAUGGCCACAGCUCUCUGGAGAUG